AUGGGUGAUUAUAGGAGAUCUCAAUGUUCCAUAAACACAAAUGUUAAAUCCUCAAAUCAAACAUCAAUAAAUAAUUGGGUUUACAAUUCUAUUAAUGUUGCUGGUCUUAAGAAUUUGGGUUUCAUUGGUUCCAAAUUUACUUGGAAUAAUAGAGUAAAUGGUAAGGGAUAUAAAAGAUCUAGAUUAGACCUGGAACUUCAUAAUGUUAAAUGGCAAAUAGAUUAUCCAGAUUCUAAACUGUAUCACUUACCAUUCUUAGGCUUGGAUCACUGUCUAAUUCUUAUAAUAUCAGAAGCAGAUUGUGGAGAAUCCAGUCAUGCUUGGAAAUUCUACAAAUGCUGGUUGAAAGAUUCAUCUUGUUCCCAAGUUAUCUCUAAUUCUUGGAAUUCUCAGUCAAAUUCCUGUCCACAUCAAAACCUUCAAAAUAAACUCUCAUUUACUAGGAGAAGUUUAUCCAGAUGGAAGAGUCGACAACACUUUGGUCAUAUUGAACAUCAAAUAAAACAGUUCAAACUUCAGUUAUCUCAACUGCAAUCUCUGUCGUUUAGUAUCCACAUUAGUCAACAAACAGAAAGCACUAUCAAUAAUCUUCAUUAUUGGAGAAGUAUAGAAGCAGGAUCCUGGCAGCAGAAAUCGGGUGAUCAUUGGGUCAAGGAUGCUAGUAAUAAUACCUCUUACUUACAUGAUUUUGCAAACAUACGAAGAGUUAGAAAUAAUAUCACAUCUCUAAGAGACACAAAUAGGAGAUUGUGUCACAUAAGAGAAGAAUUAUCUGAUCUUCUUACUUUUCAUUUCUCUGAAAUAGCCACAACAACAAACUCUGCUCUUGAUGACUCAUAUUUUGCUCAUAUUCAAAAGGUAAUAACUUCUCAGGAUAAUGGAAACCUUAUGACUAUGCCAGAUAAAGAUGAAACCUAUGAAAUGGUCAAAACUUUACCUAGUUGGAAUUUUCCGGCACCUGAUGGCUUCCCGCAACCUUUUUUCAAUCUCAAUGGGAUACAGUAG